CGCCGCUAGCUGUGUGUGGGCAGGUACGCAGGCAAUGUGGAUAUAUAUAAAGAGGAGAAGAGCGUGUUUUCUUCGCCCGUCGUUUGUUGCCAUCAUGGAGCUGAAAACGGUUGUUGUGACUUUGUGCCUCGUUGCUUUGGCCAUCGACUCGACAGAAGGUGGCAUCAUUAAAUGCUGCGUGAAAACCAGAAAGACCAUCCCCAAGCCAGUACUCAUGAAGGUCCAAUCGUGGUACUUGCAGGACAGCACCGGACCUUGCGACAUCGACGCUCUCGUCAUGUACGUGGGGGCCUGGAAAAAGCCCAUUUGUGUUGACCCCAGCAUGGAGAAAGAUCUGAACAGGGUUCAGAAGAUCCAGCAGAUGAUGCUGGGAAAAGUACGCCGAUCAGCGGCGUGAGCAUCUGACUUUGGCUUGCGGUUUUGGUACAUUCCUAAUCAUGACUGCUCCUGAUCAAUUCGCCCGGGGCUUGUGGUACUUUUUGUUUGUUGGUGUGUGUGUGUGUGUGUGACAUUUCUAUUUUUAUGAAGCCAAACUCAUUCCGGGAAUCAUUUCACCUACAAAUAAAGUCAGCCAUGCAUGGCGUGUAGUAUUUGA